AUGAUCGCAUACCACGACGAAGAAUGGGGUACGCCACUGCGGGAUGACCAGAAGCUGUUUGAGUACCUGCUGCUGGAUGGGGCGCAGGCCGGCCUGAGCUGGCAAACCAUCCUCCGGAAGCGGGCAGGAUACCGCAGGGCCUUCGACGACUUUGACCCAGACAGGAUAGCCCUCUACACCGACGCGGACAUGGAAAGGUUGCUGGCUGAAACGGCGAUAGUCCGCAACCGCCAGAAAAUCGCCGCUGCCAUAGGGAACGCCCGCGCGUUUCUCCAGAUUCAGGAGACUGAGUACAGCUUUGCCCAUUUCAUCUGGUCUUUCGUUGGCGGGGAGACGGUGGAUAAUGCCCGACCCGUGGGCAACGAUGUUCCGGCCACCUCCCCCGAAUCGGAAAGUAUGAGCAAGGAACUACGGCGGCGGGGCUUUCGAUUUGUAGGGCCCACCAUCUGCUACGCAUUCAUGCAGGCUGCAGGCUUGGUCAAUGACCACCUAACCUCAUGCUUCCGGUACAAUGAAAUCAGGGAAUUAUAUUAA